GUUCUGGGCUGUUCAGGAAGAUGGGGCAAAGUGAGGUGGAGAGAUAGGAAAUCAUUGACAUCGUUUUACGUUUUUGGAGUCCUGAAAUAUAUGUUCCUUUUCUGCCAACAAGAAUGGAUACAAGUUAACAAUGACUGGAGAAAAAAAGAAGAAAAAGCGGCUGAACCGCAGCAUUCUUUUGGCGAAGAAAAUUAUAAUAAAAGAUGGAGGCAGUCCACAGGGGAUCGGCGAGCCCAGCGUGUAUCACGCCGUGGUGGUCAUUUUCCUGGAGUUCUUCGCUUGGGGCUUGCUCACCACGCCGAUGCUUACGGUUUUACAUCAGACCUUCCCUCAGCACACAUUCCUGAUGAACGGACUGAUUCACGGGGUCAAGGGCCUGCUGUCCUUCCUGAGUGCCCCUCUGAUCGGGGCCCUGUCGGACGUCUGGGGCCGCAAGUCCUUCCUGCUGCUGACGGUCUUCUUCACCUGCGCCCCUAUCCCCCUCAUGCGGAUCAGCCCCUGGUGGUACUUUGCGGUCAUCUCCAUGUCGGGGGUCUUUGCCGUCACCUUCUCCGUGAUCUUUGCGUAUGUGGCAGACAUCACACAGGAGCACGAGAGGAGCACUGCUUACGGCCUGGUGUCAGCGACGUUCGCGGCCAGCCUGGUGACCAGCCCAGCGAUCGGGGCCUACCUGUCGCGGGUGUACGGGGACACGCUGGUGGUGAUCCUGGCCACGGCCAUCGCCCUGCUGGACAUCUGCUUCAUCCUGGUGGCCGUGCCCGAGUCCCUGCCCGAGAAGAUGCGGCCGGCCUCCUGGGGGGCCCCCAUCUCCUGGGAGCAGGCCGACCCCUUCGCUUCCCUGCGCAAGGUGGGCCAGGACUCCACCGUGCUGCUCAUCUGCAUCACCGUCUUUCUGUCCUACCUUCCGGAAGCUGGCCAGUACUCCAGCUUCUUCCUGUACCUGCGACAGGUCAUAGGAUUCACCUCGGAGACGGUGGCAGCGUUUAUCGCAGUGGUGGGGAUCUUGUCCAUCUUGGCACAGACGGUGGUUUUGGGGAUACUGAUGCGCUCCAUCGGGAACAAGAACACCAUCCUGCUGGGCCUGGGCUUCCAGAUCCUCCAGCUGGCCUGGUACGGCUUCGGCUCACAGCCCUGGAUGAUGUGGGCAGCGGGAGCUGUGGCUGCCAUGUCCAGCAUCACGUUCCCCGCCAUCAGCGCCAUCGUGUCCCGCAACGCCGACCCUGACCAGCAGGGGGUGGUGCAGGGCAUGAUCACAGGGAUCCGGGGCCUGUGUAACGGGCUGGGGCCCGCGCUCUACGGGUUCGUGUUCUACCUGUUUCACGUGGAGCUCAACGAGAUGGACGCGGUGGAGAGCCCUGGCAAGGACACCAAGCCCAACAUGGCCAACCCUACUGACGAGAGUGCCAUCAUCCCCGGGCCUCCCUUCCUGUUCGGCGCGUGCUCGGUGCUCCUCUCCCUGCUGGUGGCGCUGUUCAUCCCCGAGCACAGCGGGCCCAGCAUGCGCUCGGGCAGCUACAAGAAGCACAGCAACGGCGCGCAGAGCCACUGCCACAGCCCGCAGCCAGGGGGCGCCGACGGCAAGGAGCCCCUGCUGGAGGACAGCAGCGUAUAGCCCCGGCUUCCCCCCCCGCGGCCCCCCUCCCCCCUCCCUCCCUCUGGGCCGCAGUGCCACAGCUCGGCCGGCCCCGCGUGGGCGAGAGACACUGAGAGAGAGCGAGAGAGAGAGAGAGAGACUGGGGCACCAGGACAGCAGCAGGGCAGGACGAUCAGCCCGGUGGGAGUUUGCCCUCGGUCCUGUGAGGCAGGGUUCAGGGAUGAGGAUUCUGGGGGGGGGUUUGUGCUGUAAGGAACGCAAACACGCGUGCACACAUUUCGGUUUGGCUGAAAGAUCCCCCCCCCCCUUUAAUUUUUAAACAAGCUCUCUGUACGUAUUCUUUUUUGCUUUUCUUUUUUUUUUUUUUAAGCUGUAGUCAUUUUCUUUCAUGGCAGCCAAGACAAAGGAGAGUCGCAAAGUUCUCUGUCCAAAGAAAGUAAGUCACAGAAUAACGGUUUUGCCUCUUCUGUAGAUGGUGCUGGUUACAAAUUCUUUUUUACUUUGCUUUUUAUUUGUGUGUGUUUUUCUCCCAGUGUAGGAGAUCGGCCAAACCCAGUUGCCACGGUUUAUUUUUUUUAAUAGCUCAAUCUUUCAGAGUAAGGGAAGUGUCAUCGUCCUGUACCUGUGCACGUUGGCUUGGUUUCUGUGGGACGGGCGCGGAUCGUUCUCGAGGAACGUCGACGCCAAACCCUCAGAGUGC